UUGGCACAUGGUCAUUUUCUCCGACACAUGGAAGUCACAUGAUUUUUCAAGAUGGAGGAGGUGGAUAAGAUCAUUAUUUUCUCCCUUCGAACAAUUGGCUGUGACAUUGAGGAUGAAAUUGUUAGUUUGAAGCAAUUCUCAACUGAGCUCAUAGUAUCGUCUGCUGUCCAGUGCAUCAAGACUAUUUUGAAGCAAGAUGUUGAUUUGCCAAAUACUCUGCCUGGUGGUAUGUCAGCCAGGUUUCGUGUUGGAACUGGACUUGCGAACUACAUACAGGAACUUGGAUACAAAGGAGAAAUUGGAUAUCAGACAUUUUUAUACUCCAAUGAAUCUGAGAUUAGGAAGGUAUUUAUGUUUUUGGUGGAUAAACUUCCUAAAGACACCGCAGAAGCAGCAGAGGAACCCCUUGGGUCUUCUGCUUUGCUACAGAGAGCAAUAGCAUCCUCUGUGUUGAGACAGAUGAAAUCACCAUGGAUUUCUCCAAAUCUGAAACAAGAUUCCAUCACAUGGAGGGGUAAACCUCUUAUGUGGCAGAGAGAGGGAUCAUGUGCCAUGUGUAAUUAUCGUGCAUGUAAAUUAAAGUCCCCGAGUGGUUCAGGAGAUCUAACAAAGAAAGUGCCAAAAGAAUUAAAGUCUUACUACUCUGAAUGUCUUCCAUAUAUAACAAACCAAACAACAAAUCAUAAAGAUACAGCCCCGUCAAUUCUAGAAGAAAUCGCCAGUGAAAUUUCUGCUCAAAUGGAGUGGGAAAAUGAAUGGAAUAGCCAAGGACUUGCAACUAGACUCUCAGAAAAGGAUUACAGAGCCAAAAAGCGACAAAGAAUACAGAAACGGCUGGCUGAAACGCUUCGUCAGGACGUCAAGAGAAGUCAGGAAGUGUCAUCCUCUCGUUCCGCCCAGAAUCUACAGCAGGUUCUAGACAAAAUGGCAAGUCGAACCUCCUCUGCCAAAACCAAAGGGUCACGAUUUACACACACAGAACAGCUAGUAUUUGCUAAGGAUGAGGCAUUAUCACAGAUAGGAACAGAGGCAGAAAAACCACACACUGAGGAGGAACUUAUAAAACAGCGUGAGGAGGAAGUGCUAGAAAUAAAACAAGAACUUGAAAGUGUUACCUCUAAACUUGAUCAAUUAGAUCUGGAGGUCAAAAAGUUUAAUGCUGGUGUGAAACAGAUGGAAGAGGAAAUCAACACACAAUCCAGACAGAACUCUGACAAGGAAGAAAAUUAUAAAGUCAAGAAAAGAACCCUAGAUCUUCUACCAGAUGCUGAGAAUAAUAUUGCUAAAGUUCAGGCCAUAGUGGAUUCCAGUGCACAGAAGUUAGUGACAUUGGCUAAUCAAUGGGAGAAACACAGGGUGCCUCUCAUACAACAGUUCAGGGAACUCAAAGAACUCAAUUCCAAAAAAGAGUCAGAGGCAGAGAGGAGGUUAGAAGAAAUUAAAGCGUAUCGACAGAAGAUGAAGGAAGUAGCAGACGACGCCAGAAACAAAGAGGAAAUGCUUAAGCACUUGAAUGCUGAGUACACUAGUAUGAAGAAAGAUGAGAAGCGAUCUUCCUAUACCAAGAGAAUGAUGGAAAUUAUGUCUAGCAUUAAGAAACAAAGAGAUGAAAUAGAAAAGGUGCUGAUUGAUACCAGAUCUAUACAGAAAGAAAUAAACAACCUGUCUGGAAAACUGGACCGAACCUUUACAGUCACUGACGAACUUAUAUUUAGAGAUGCAAAAAAGGAUGAAUCUGUGAAGAAAGCCUACAGACACCUAGCAGCAUUACACGAGAAUUGUGAACAGCUAAUGAAGACUGUAGCUGACACAGGUGUCAUCAUGAGAGAAAUCCGAGAACUGGAGGAUCAGAUUGAAAAUGAGAGUAAAAACAAAGUUUUAUCAAACUUGGAGAAAAUUACAUCAGACUACCAGCAAAUGAAGAAGGAGAACCAUUCUAUGAUAGAGAAGAUAAAACACAAGUCCUGAUGAUGUUGACUGGUACCCGUACCUGUAGACCCACCGCUAAGGCAUUGUAUGUGAUGCAUUAUUUCAUACUAUAGACCAUAUCUCUGUGAUAGAAUUGUUGUCAGAAUGGUGAAAUGUUAUUGUUUGUUUUGAGGCAUUCCUUGUAAACUGAAUACAUUCUGAAGUCUGUGUUUGUACGUUUGUAAGAAAGCUCUUCAGGACUGCUCUUCUUGCUGUGAUUAUGAUGCAAUUAAUAGUAUUGUAAUGAAAAGUGUCCCCUAUUGAAGACAUGUUAUAUGUAUUUGCUGAGUUUUCUUUUCAUUGCAAAUUACAUUGCAUAUAUCAAAAUGUGUUGCAGUACAAAUGAAUAAAGAGAACAUUCACAUUGUCUUCACAACUCUCAUGUGUAAACUAAGAAAAAAAAUUAUUUUAAAGGUCUUUAUUAUUUUUAAAAUACUGUUACAAGAACAUUUGAGAUAGGAUGUUCAGACGGUACAUGUGUACCAGUGUUCAUGUAUAUGUAUCUUUACAAAAUGAAUUUUCUUAAGGUUGCCAAAGACAACAGAAUUUUCCUAUUUAAUGCCAUACACAACUUGUUCUUCUUUUGUCUAAUCUCUAAAGUUAAAGAAUUAAAACAGAUCACUCACACAUCAUGAGAAUGCAAGAUGAAAUUUAGUGGUUGACCGGUUUCGACCAGAAGGCGGUCAUCAUCAGAACAAGUUUACAUUGAAUUGAUUUACUGAAGUAAAAAAUGUGAACGUUCUAUCAACAAACAAAAAAAUGUGCAACGUAAAUACAAGUACAUUCAAUGAAAAAAUCAUGAUUAUUUUAUUAUGUUUCUUGAGUAUCUUUCUUAAACCUCUAAAGUAUCCAACAUUAGUUUUUCAUAAUACAUCACAUCAAACAAUGCAUAGUUUACAGAGACUGUCCAUUAGAUUCCCAAUCUGUACCAAGUGUCCAUACAUGUACCGAGUGUCCGAACAAUGUGCUUGUACAUGUACUAUUGUACAGUGUCCGUACAUGUACUAUUGUACAAUGUGUCCACUAUUCAUAAGCUUUGUCAGUAUUUAUUGAAAGCUACAAAACAAAGGGUAGCACUAUGUGUAAACUGUCAUUGAUGAAGUUUCAUUUUUCAUUAAAUUUAUUUCUGUUUAUGAACUUAUUUCUCUGAUAAUAUAUAUUUACAUAUUGUAAUAAUUCUGAAUCCUCUGCCUGUAUGGUACACAGUGUAUCUAUGAGCCACGUGGCUCCUUUGGUUAAUAAGCAAUAAAAGCUACUUCUGUACAGUGUGUUUCUGUAUAUGUUAUACAGUUUCUGUACCUGUAUUUUUUCUUGUAUCGACUGUCCUGUUUUUCUAUUCACGUAUCAUGAUUUUAUAACUCUUUUAUGUACAUUUAUGAGACUACGAUACUGGUGUGUAUCUCCAUUGCAGGAUUUUAUUUGAGGAAACUACAAUAAAGUUUGAGAUUUAUGCAGUUACCUGUGAAUCUGAUGAAUUGACAAACAUAUUAUGUAACUUGUGCAAUAUACAUGUAUGUUACUAUUAGUAUAUUUAAAAUCAUCAAAUAUGAUUAUGAUGAAUAUUAUUGUUUUCAUUUAGAAACAUUGUGUUAAUAAACAUAACAAUUCCAAGUAUAAAACAGCUUGAAGCCUGA